ACUCCCCUUCUUCUCAGAGCCGUACUCCUAUUAUGCAAGGAGUCACACCUGGCAGGCAAAGAAUCUACCAUCGUCAGAAGACGCGGGGAAGAAGAAGGAGGAGGUGAAAAUGGAGAUCAACUCUGGUACUAGAGCCAAGCGCCUGUGGAACCUCCUGCGCGUCGCCUUCUUGAUGGUCAGGAAAGGCUUCACGCCGAAGCGCAAGCUCGUCAUGGACCUCAACUUGAUGAUGAAAAGAGGCAAACUCUUCGGCAGAUCCUUCCGAAGCAUCGUCUUCCCCCACCGCGCCCCCGCCUUCCGUGGAUUCGGACCACAGGACUACGAGUUCUCCUGCACCAACAGCCCCGACCCCCUCUUCUUCCAUGGCGGCGCUGGCUCCGCCACCAAAAGGAAGCUCCAUUACUACUUCCCCUCCCUACCCUGCAUCAACCCCCCUCACGCCGACGACUCCGACGACCACGUCAUUGUCAACAGGCCCCAGUUCGACAUGUCCAACUCCGACCUCUCGUCGCUCCUCGAUCCCAUCGACCUCGCCGACGGUGAGAAGAUCAGCCCUGCCAUCUCACCGCUUCCCAUCGUAAUCUCGAGCUAUUAUCCGUCGGAGGACGAUGAGUAUGACGCCACCGACCCGGUGGACGAGAAGGCCGAGGAAUUCAUAGCCAGGUUCUAUGAGCAGCUGAGGUCACAGGGGCGCUUGGCCCUGCUGCAGUACCAGGAAAUGGAGUACCAGGCGAUGCUUGCUAGGGGCUGCAGUUGAUUUGUUUAUCCUCUCUUGUAAUAAAACCGUCCAUAUAAAUAUGCAUCGAUAUCCUGAUGUUAGAUUAUCAACAUUAUCUCGACCUCUCUACCUUUUACUCAGAGACGGUUUCUGUU